UCCGGAAGUUGCUCUUCGUAAGGUUGUUGUUCUGUCCUCCGACAAAAUUGAAAGUGUCAAAUCAGCCGGAGACCUAAACUAAACGCGUAUCAGAAACGUCUACAUCUGCUAAACAUCUUCAGGUGUUGCACAUUGAGCCUGCUCUGGCUCACUCAUGGUUGAGCUGGAGACCGUGGAUCGAGCCUGACAUAAGAUGGCCAGUGUAGAUGAACCUCCAGAGAAGCACUGCUGGGUGUGUUUUGCCACGGAGAAGGAGGAUCGAGCUGCAGAAUGGGUCAGCCCGUGCCGGUGUAAGGGCUGCACCAAGUGGAUCCAUCAGUCUUGCUUACAGCGCUGGCUGGACGAAAAACAGAAGGGAAACAGCGGAGGAGCCGUCAGCUGCCCGCAAUGUAGCACAGAAUACCAGAUCGUUUUCCCCAAAAUAGGGCCUCUGGUGUACUUCCUUCAGCAGGUCGACAGAGCUCUGUCCAGGGCCAGUCCGUUCACCGCAGCUGGAGUCGUGGUGGGGACCGUCUAUUGGUCGGCCGUUACUUACGGUGCUGUCACAGUUAUGCAGGUGGUGGGCCAUAAGAAGGGUCUGGAUGUGAUGGAGCAUGCGGAUCCUCUCUUCCUGCUCAUGGGUUUGCCCACCAUCCCCGUCAUGCUGGUACUGGGGAAGAUGAUUCGCUGGGAGGAUUAUGUUGUGCGGCUUUGGCAACGACACUCUUCUAAGCUUCAGAUCUUCAGCGGGCUUGUACCUGGUAUGGGCCAUCCUAUACCCCGCAUCCCAGUGGAGGGCAGUUACGGAGGAGACCAUCUCUCUGUGUCUCGCACCCUUUGCGGCGCCCUCAUCUUCCCCUCCAUCGCCAACCUUGUGGGACGCCUCCUAUUCCGCAGGGUCACGUCAAACCUGCAGCGCACCAUCCUGGGUGGCAUUGCAUUCGUGGUGAUCAAGGGAGUGCUUAAAGUAUAUUUCAAACAGCAGCAGUACCUCAUCCAGGCCAACAGACACAUCCUGAAUUACCCAGAGCCCGAGGGACGAGCAGAUGCCACUUUUGAGGAUGACAACGAAAACAGUGGCAAUGAAUGAAGAUAAUGCACUUGAGGAAAUCAACAAAUGCACUGUAGUAUAGGAUUCUCAGAAUAAAGAGAGACAUAUUUACGGAUGUAUAAAGACAUAAUUUCUCAGCUUGACAUGGCUCUAAAUCAGCACAAACACAUGUAUGCUAUGUGUUACUAAAAUGCAAGGAUGACUGAAAUUCUUUUAUCUGUGAGAAACGUUUGAUGGGGUGUUAAAGUGCCUGUAAUAGCUAAAUACACCAGUAGAUGGCGACAAAUGCAAAGCUGGUAACUGCACUGUGCACUGAUGUCUCUGAUGAAGACAUUGUCAUUUAGGCUGCAAAGGUACCAGCAGAAUCAUGUAAGCAUUUUGAGAAUGAGUUAAUUGAUUCUGAUUGAAGAUAAUAAGCAAUGGCUAUGUAAUGACAAAUAAAGGAUGAUAAACC